UACGGGCAGUUGAGAAGAGAAACUUGGCACCGUAGCCGAGCCAGCUUCGCGCUAUAAAUACCGGCCGCGCCUCCCGGCUCUCUCCUCAUCCCCUGCUUCUCGAGCCGCACACCUCAUCUCAUCUCAUCUCAUCAUCGUCUUCCCCCCAUUGCCAUUCCCUCCUUGCGAGUAGUAGCAGCAGCAAUGGCCAGCCUCGCCGACCUCGUCAACCUCGACCUCAGCGACUGCACCGACAAGAUCAUCGUCGAGUACCUCUGGGUUGGAGGAUCCGGUAUCGACAUCAGGAGCAAAGCAAGGACGGUGAACGGCCCCAUCACCGACGCGAGCCAGCUGCCCAAGUGGAACUACGACGGCUCCAGCACCGGCCAGGCUCCCGGAGAGGACAGCGAAGUCAUCCUCUACCCCCAGGCCAUUUUCAAGGACCCGUUCAGGAGGGGUGACAACCUCCUUGUUAUGUGCGACUGCUACACACCACAAGGUGUUCCAAUCCCCACUAACAAGAGGCACAAUGCUGCCAAGAUCUUCAACACCCCGAAUGUUGCAGCUGAGGAGACAUGGUAUGGUAUCGAGCAGGAGUACACUCUCCUCCAGAAGGACGUGAACUGGCCCCUUGGCUGGCCCAUUGGUGGCUACCCUGGUCCUCAGGGACCCUACUACUGCGCGGCCGGCGCGGACAAGGCGUUCGGGCGUGACAUCGUUGACGCGCACUACAAGGCGUGCCUCUACGCCGGGAUCAACAUCAGCGGCAUCAACGGGGAGGUCAUGCCCGGCCAGUGGGAGUUCCAAGUCGGGCCGUCCGUGGGGAUCGCCGCGUCCGACCAGCUGUGGGUGGCGCGCUACAUCCUCGAGAGGAUCACGGAGGUUGCCGGGGUGGUGCUGUCCCUGGACCCGAAGCCGAUCCCGGGCGACUGGAACGGCGCCGGCGCGCACACCAACUACAGCACCAAGUCGAUGCGGGAGGCCGGCGGGUACGGGGUGAUCAAGACGGCCAUCGAGAAGCUGGGCAAGCGGCACGCGCAGCACAUCGCCGCCUACGGCGAGGGCAACGAGCGCCGCCUCACGGGCCACCACGAGACCGCCGACAUCAACACCUUCAAGUGGGGCGUGGCUGACCGCGGCGCGUCCAUCCGCGUGGGGCGCGACACGGAGAAGGACGGCAAGGGCUACUUCGAGGACCGCAGGCCGGCCUCCAACAUGGACCCCUACGUCGUCACCUCCAUGAUCGCCGAGACCACCCUCCUCCUCUGAGCCAGCAGCAGAUGACACACGCACACGCUUUCUUCCUCUACCUCGGAGUGAGAGAGGGCGACGAUGAAUUUCUUUCUGCAAAACGUCUCCUGUUUCCAUUUCUUUUGCAAGGUCUAGUCUGUUUUUGGGGCGUGCCUUUCGUGUCUUUCACUUUACUCGUUCAGAUAAGAGUCUUCCGUGUACUCUGAAAAUAAUGUUCUUCUUUCCGCAUUCCGAUAAAUGAAAUCAUGGAACCGGUUGUGAUUCUGUUC